AACUAUCUGUUGUGUGGUUGUAGUUAUUUUGUUUGCUCUGGCUCACAUUGAACUGUUAAAGCAUCUGAGCUCCAUCUAUUGCGCAGACUGCUGUAUCUUAUCUCCCUCUCUCUCAUAUGAAUGUGAUCAUUAUAUUUUUAUUCUCUUGGUUGGUUGUUGUUAUGCACGAUUGAGAGCUGAGAGUAGCGUGUGUUCCUUUUCUUGCUGCGUUCAUAAGGUCGCAAGUGACCUGAGGGGCGAGUUGAGAUGAUAGGAUUGAGUGAUUUCGGGUUAUAUAACUGUAUUCUUUAUUAGUCAUGGCUAUGCUAAAAACAGUAAUAUUUUGUGAGUCUAUGAAUUCCCCAAGAUCUUGAUUAUGUGGGUGUGCAUUGGGUCUCUUGCAAUAAUUAUAUGUAGAUAACAAUGGAGGGUUCUUCCGAGUCUGGUUUGCAGAAGUCUGAUGGUUCCAGAUGGUUGAAGUCUUCACCCUUCAUUGAAAGAAAUCCGAGAUUGGUUCAGGGAAGCACAGUAAAGUCAUCUAGUAAUGCAUUACUUGCUCGGAAGGGAAGUGAAACUGUUCUGUUGCCUAAAAUGAAUCGGUGGAGAUCCCACUCCGAGUUUCCUGAGAGUGAGCUAGCGCCUGACAGAUAUGGUAGGGUGGUUAAUUUGAGAAAGUGGCUGGACGAUCCCGAAAGAGCAGUGGACGCUCUUGAAUGUUUGCAAAUAUUCACUCAAGUUGUAGAAAUUGUUCACAUGUCACAUUCUCAGGGAAAUGUCUUCCAUAAUUUGCGACCCUCAUGCUUUGUGUUAUCCUCAUUCAACCGUGUCUCCUUUAUGGAAUUGGCAUCAUGCUCUAAUUCUACUUCGGGUUUACUUGAAGUUAGGUUAAACAGCCAAACAGCAAAGUUUAAGGGUUCAAUUUCAUCUUCUCCUCGUGACUCUGAACUAGAAGGACGGCCGUUGGUAACACCCAGGUUGCAACUUGAGAGGUAUCCUACCAAUAUGUUACCCAUAGUGUCUGAAACGGUUUGCCAACAGCAGCAAUCAGAGCAUGCUAAGCCAUGUUCUGAAACCUCUAAGAGCCAACAAAUGGAGGUGGAAGAGAAGCUUCCAUUUCCUAUGAAACAGAUAUUGCUUUUGGAAAUCAAUUGGUAUACUAGCCCAGAAGAGGUUGCCAGUGCUCCAAGCUCCUGUGCUUCUGACAUUUAUCGACUUGGAGUUCUCCUCUUUGAGCUGUUCUCCACAUCCAAUUCACUAGAAGAGAAGAGUAUCACUAUGUCUAAUUUGAGACACCGAGUCCUCCCAACCCAUUUGCUUUUGAAGUGGCCCAAAGAAGCUUCAUUUUGCUUGUGGUUACUGCACCCUGAGCCCAGCAGUAGGCCAAAUUUGGGCGAGUUAUCACAAAGUGAGUUCUUGAAUGAUCCAAAAGAACAGCUUGAAGACCAAGAUGCAGCAAUAGAGCUUAGAGAAAAAAUAGCGGAGCAGGAACUGUUGUUGGAGUUUCUUUUGCUCAUGCAUCAGAAAAAAUUAGAGGCUGCAGAAAUUUUGAAUGAAACAGUGUCUUUUCUAUCUACGGAUAUAGAAGAAGUUACAAAUAUGAAGACAUCAAUGAGGAUAAAGGGAGCAUCUGACCUGGCAGUGGGCAAGGAUCCACCGUCAAACAGGACUAGUAGGCCUCAAAAUGAUGAUGAUAAUGGAAACAGAGGAUCUAGAAAGCGAUCAAGGCCAGGCCUUGGUACCUGCUAUUCGGAGGUGUCCGGCAACCAAUCAGAUGAGUAUAAAAUAUCAAAGACACUUGUUGAAAAUGAAGGGACCUUUCUCUCAAAAAGUUCCCGGUUGAUGAACGAUUUCAAAAAGAUAGAGGCAGCUUAUUACUUGACUAGACGCAGAUCUUUAAAACCUGCCGGUAAACCCUUGAGCAGACAUCCUCAUAUAAGUAGUGAUGGCAAGUGUUCUGCCUUAGUAGCUGAAAAAAGUUCUGUCAGUAAUUUGUCAUCAAAGGGAAGCUACAAUAAGGGAACACAAAGUGGAUGGAUCAAUUCAUUCCUAGAAGGCUUGUGCAAGUAUCUCUCUUUCAGUAAGUUAGAAGUGAAGGCAGACUUGAAGCAAGGGGAUCUACUAAAUUCUUCAAAUCUUGUAUGCUCUCUCAGCUUUGACCGUGAUGGUGAAUUUUUUGCAAGUGCUGGUGUAAAUAAGAAAAUCAAGGUCUUUGAAUACAAUUCAAUCUUAAAUGAAGAUCAUGAUAUUCAUUAUCCUGUUGUUGAAAUGGAAAGUAAAUCAAAGCUAAGCAGUAUUUGUUGGAAUAGUUAUAUCAAAAGCCAAAUUGCUUCAAGUAACUUUGAAGGUGUAGUGCAGGUAUGGGAUGUCACAAGGAGCCAACUUUUCAUGGAAAUGAGAGAGCAUGAGAGGAGGGUCUGGUCUGUGGACUUCUCAGUUGCAGAUCCAACUAUGUUGGCCAGCGGCAGUGACGAUGGAUCUGUUAAACUAUGGAACAUCAAUCAGGCAAGUGCCAGUGUUGGAACCAUCAAAACAAAAGCAAAUGUAUGCUGUGUUCAGUUUCCCUUUGAUUCUGGCCAUUCCCUUGCAUUUGGUUCUGCAGAUCAUAGAAUCUAUUACUAUGAUCUGCGGAAUUCUAAAAUUCCUUUAUGCACUCUAAUUGGCCACAACAAGACGGUGAGCUAUGUCAAGUUUAUUGAUUCAACAACACUUGUGUCUGCAUCGACUGAUAACACAAUAAAGCUUUGGGAUUUGUCAAUGUGCACAUCUCGGAUUCUUGAUUGCCCUAUCCAGUCAUACAGUGGACACAUGAAUGUAAAGAACUUUGUCGGCCUCUCUGUAUGUGAUGGUUACAUUGCAACUGGUUCAGAAACAAAUGAGGUUUACAUAUACCACAAAGCUUUUCCAAUGCCUGCAUUAUCAUCCAACAAGUUUACUAGCACGGACCCACUUUCUGGCGAUGCGGUGGAUGACACCUCACAGUUUAUAUCAUCGGUUUGCUGGCAUGGUAAGUCAUCCACCUUAGUUGCGGCAAAUUCAAUGGGCAAUAUGAAGAUCUUGGAUAUGGUUUAGUGACUAAAAAACACGUAAAUGACUGCAAUGGAAGUUACUCUGGCAUCUGAGGUGAAACUUUUCGUAGGAACUGUGGGCUCAAAGAUGUGGUUAACAAGAAAAAAAAGAUGAUUUUUGUAACUAGUUCAUAGCGGAAACAGCCGAAUUGGGGUAGAGUAUAUAGAUAACACGGAGGGGUGAAAAAGCUGAUACUCCGUAAUUGUUUCGCUCGACUGAGGUUGAGUUAAUGAAGUGUAAAAAGAUUUAACCGUCCCAUUUUAUUCCGUAUUCGUACUAUAAUCACCCACCAAUUAGGUAUUUGUACUAAUAUUAGUCAAACAUCAUAAACUAAAAUAUAUGGA